AUGAGUAAUACCGCGGAAGGAACGAGAUCUCAUGGUACCACUAGUACAGCUGUUGCAGCAGGUGCUAGGAGUGAAAGGGGAAGCCAAGGCUUGGCUACAGCUACUUGUCCAUGGUACUUUGAAGUGGAUUCAUCUACAGGAAAAAUAUUCUUUGUCAAAGAUGGGGAUACUUUUCGAGGUAGACACUAUGGAGCAGUGAAAACUAUUACCUAUUCAGAUGACAUACCACCGGCAUCUCUCAUAAUUAUAUUGGAACGGAAUAGAGGAAGGGUCUAUCGCAAAAAUUUCAAUUGGAGCAAGAAUUGGUUUUGUCAAAAGUUUAAAGAUUCCAGUAAUUCCAAAAGUUUUGCCUCCACUUUUAAAGAGUGUACUUUCUAUGACAAAGUUAUUCAAGUGUCUAAAGUUAAUAGUAGUGAUAUUCCAAGCCCAAGUUUGUCAUCUUUCGUUGAUGAUAAUUCUCCUCCAGAUAUUUCUGAGAAUAAUACAUUAGAAAAUGAUAUAAGUGGUUACGAUGAUCAAGAGACAGUUGAAGCAACUGAGCCAGCUAAAAAAAGGCCUAGAAAGGGCAAUGAAAAAGACAAACUUAGUGAGGAAGUUCUUGCUAAGCAUGUUGGUUUGUUAAACUUACCAUUACAAAACUUGAAGAAACCACCAUCUUCUCGUGUGCUUCGCAAAAUCGACAAUAAUUUUGUUGAUAAAUUGAAGAGAAGAAUGAUAGAGGAUGAUAGUGGUAUUGGAAUACCGUCAUUUGCUGUAGUGUGCCUCAAUAUUUCUCACAAGUCCAAGUUCGAGGAGAGAUUAAAAGAUAUAUAUAAAUAUGAGGUUCAUGGUGGUUUACACAGUUUUCAAGCAAGAGAGGAACUGGUCAAAGAGGGAGCAAUGAGCGAAACAUCAGUCAUGUGUGAUGUAUAUGUUUAUCUUAAUGAUGAGGAAGCAUUAUGGCUUGCAUCACGGCAUAACAGAAAUGGCCACUUCAACCACCAUAUGACACACCGCAACUACCUGGAAGUAUGCCGUGCCAGACUGUUUGCAAUGCAUCCUGAUGCCACUGAAGUUCCAUCUAAUCUUUUACAGUGGAGAAAAGUGUGCACAAAUUGUAUUUUACCGCCGGAGAGUGGAGCUACAUGGUUGCCUCUAGCAAUACAGAAGGAGUUAUUGGGUUUGGUUAUUAAUAAGGAGAUUUGCUUAAAGGAUAUGAAAACCCGAGCUGAUAAUUUUAGGCAGUAUGAGAUGAUGAAGAAGGCAUUUGUACGAUGCACAAAUUCUAGAAAUUGGGAUGAAGCGACGAGUUUGUAUCCCAAUUUUAUUGACAGGCUUGGUCAGUUUUCAAGACUGACUUUUAGCAAACCCCAGCUACCAGAUACAUUUCUGACAUUUUGUCAAGCUGCAAUAGACUCAAGACGAGGUGAACCGUGUGGAGAAGCUGUCAAAAAGUUUGGAGAUUAUACUAUCACAUUAGUUGAAGGCAGCUUACAAGCAUGUUCAUCAGAAGCAAUCAAGAAAGCAAACACCUCUUACAAUGGAGCUCAUCUCAUUUUAAGCAAUAUUAGGAAAUGUAUUUGA